AUGUCCGACUGGGAGGAGAGCAGCGACGAGGCCGCAGGGGCGCCGCCGUCUUCAGCGGUUGCCACCGCGCCCCUGUGGCAGCCGCCGGCCACCCCUCGGCCGAACACGAGCGUCGGAGGAGAGGAACGGGAAUCCGGCGUGGUUGGCAGCCGCCGAAGUCAGGCAGUGCGAUGGCAGCGCCCGAGAGCCGCCGCAGGCAGAGCUCAGGAGGCUGGGGAGCCUCUCUGCUUCCUCAUCAGCAGGGCCCUGGCCGGGGUUUUGAUAGGUCGGGGAGGAGCUAAAAUAAGAGAACUUGAGGAAUCUUCGGGUUCUAGGAUACAGGUUAUUAAGGGAGCCUCUGAAGCAGAAGUGAAGAUUUUCGGCAGUGUUGCUGUGCAGAACAAAGCCAAGGUGCUGAUUGAUGAAACAGUUGUAAGCUGUGGACAAAGUGACUGUAGAGGAAAAUCCUUGGAUGUUAUCAAUCCUGAGAAUACUCCAAAGAAACCCGUGAUUGACUGGGCCUCUCUUCGAGAAAACAGAGCUAAAUAUGAGGCUAUGAAGUGGGCAGACCUGCCUCCAAUUGAGAAAAACUUCUAUAAAGAAUCAUCAAGGACUGCAUCCAUGUCACCAGAAGAAGUAAAACUGUGGCGGAAAGAAAAUAACAAUAUAAUCUGUGAUGACUUAAAAGAAGGUGAAAAGCGCUGCAUUCCCAAUCCUGUUUGUAAAUUUGAAGAUGUAUUUGAGCAAUAUCCUGAUAUUAUGGCUAACAUAAGGAAAAUUGGUUUUCAGAAACCUACACCAAUUCAGUCCCAGGCAUGGCCAAUCAUACUACAAGGAAUUGAUCUUAUUGGCAUAGCACAGACUGGUACCGGGAAGACAUUAGCUUACUUAAUGCCUGGAUUCAUUCAUUUGGCUUCACAACCAAUACCCAGAGAUGAGCGUGGAGGGCCAGGGAUGUUGGUCCUUGCUCCCACCCGAGAACUGGCACUGCAAGUAGAGGCGGAGUGCUUGAAGUACACGUACAAAGGAUUUAAAAGUAUCUGCAUAUAUGGUGGUGGGGACCGGAAAGCGCAGAUAAAUGUGGUGACCAAAGGUGUGGAUAUUGUUAUUGCUACUCCUGGGAGACUGAAUGAUCUUCAAAUGAACAACUUCAUAAACUUGAAGAGCAUAACGUACUUGGUUUUAGAUGAGGCUGACAAAAUGCUGGAUAUGGGAUUUGAACCUCAGAUAAUGAAGAUCUUAAUAGAUGUGCGGCCAGACAGACAAACUGUUAUGACAAGUGCUACUUGGCCUGAUGGUGUUCGUCGCCUCGCAAAAUCCUAUUUGAGAAAUCCCAUGAUCGUGUAUGUUGGCACUCUUGACUUAGCAGCAGUAAAUACAGUAGAACAGGAAGUUAUUGUUAUCAACGAAGAAGAAAAAAAAGCUUUCAUGGAAAACUUCAUUGAUUCUAUGAAGCCAAAAGAUAAGGCCAUCAUUUUUGUUGGAAAGAAGUCUACAGCUGAUGACGUAGCAAGUGACCUCGGUGUCAAAGGAGUCCCAGUGCAGUCUCUUCAUGGUGACAGAGAGCAGUGUGAUCGAGAACAGGCUUUAGAUGACUUCAAGAAAGGUAAAGUCAGAAUCCUGGUAGCUACUGACUUAGCAUCCCGUGGCCUUGAUGUGCAUGAUAUUACUCAUGUUUUUAACUUUGACUUCCCUCGCAACAUUGAGGAAUAUGUUCACAGAGUAGGUCGUACUGGAAGAGCAGGACGUACUGGGAAGGCAGUAACACUUGUCACUAAGAAAGACUGGAAAGCUGCAUCUGAGCUGAUUGAUAUUCUGCAAAGAGCAAACCAAGUAGUUCCCGAUGAACUUAUUUCAAUGGCAGAAAGAUACAAACAAUACCAAAUCAGGAAAGAAAUGGAAAAGGAUAUACUAAGACCUCAAAGAAAGUCAUCCAAGUGA